GACCCGUCCGGAGUGGGGCCUGACUCCGGACUAGUGGACCGCAUGCUGUACAGCAUGAACGUGCUAAGCGUCCACUACAAGGACGCGGGGAAGAUUUCAACACAGGAAAUCUUCAACAGGAAGACGGAGGAGGCGAGGAACACCGUGGAGAUGUCGGCCAUCUACGGGUUGGUCGCCAACAUGCGCGCCGAGCUGUCGGAGAAGCUCGGCGCGCUCGAAGAGGAGUUCAAUAGGUGCUCCGCCAAGGUGGACGUAGCGGCGAGGGUUGUCGACGGGAAGAAGACGAACGUUGAGGUAAGCGAUCAUUGGUCAUCCGUACGAGACACGUGUGUGGUUACAAUUUCGUUUUUGUUCAACAGAUCUCCAAGCUGUGGCGUCAAGUGA